CAUCGCUUGACCGGCGAGUGUAACCCUAGUACCGUCUGAUUCUAGUCUAGCUAGCGUUUGAGCAAGCGUCAUACUGUUUCCGAUUGAGAUCCAUUAUGUUUCGACCACGCUGUCCUAGUGGCUUAAGGGGAAUGCUGGCGAGAUUUACUCGUCGAUCGAUGUCUUCAGAACAGCAAGAUGCACACCUACCACGCAUGCUCAAGAUAAAGAACGGUGAAAAGGUCAAACCUACAUUCUCUGCAGCAGAGAUGGAACGCAGGCUCACUAUGCUGCGAACCGACAUGGAGAACCGCGGCAUCGACGCAUGCGUACUGACGUCUCACCACAACAUCAAUUAUUUCAGUGAUUUCUUGUAUUGUUACUUCGGGAGGCCUUACGCAUUGGUGGUGACCGCUGACAAGUCUACUAAUGUUUCUGCAAAUAUCGAUUAUGGUCAGCCAGGCCGAAGAACCUUCGGGGACAAUGUCGCCUACACCGACUGGCAUAAGGACAACUAUUUCUAUGUCAUUAACCAACUGGCGGGAAACUACAAAAAUGUCGGCCUAGAAUAUGACCAUGUACAUUUAGUAAACAUGGAAAAGUUCAAGCAGGCUUUGCCUAAAGCCUCGUUCGUCGACGUUGGUGAUUCCACCAUGAGAAUGAGGAUGAUAAAGUCUGAUGAAGAAAUCGAGCACAUCAAACAGGGCGCGGCUGUGUGUGACUUAGGUGCUGAAAAUGGAGUUAAGGCAAUAGGAGAAGGUGUACCUGAGUACGAGGUGGCUUUAGCUGCAACACGAGCCAUGGUUAGAGACAUAGCAAAACGACUUCCUCACGGAGAAUUUAUGGACACUUGGACUUGGUUUCAGUCUGGUAUAAAUACUGAUGGAGGUCACAACCCCGUGACUUCCCGAAGAGUGCAGAAAGGAGACGUUCUCAGCUUGAAUACGYUUGCCAUGUUAGCAGGGUACUACGUUGCACUAGAACGAUCCAUGUUUUUCGACCACAUACCAAGCGACCGUCACAUGGAAUUAUGGGAAGAGAAUGUCAAAAUACACCGUCGGGGCCUGGAACUUAUUCAGCCCGGUGUUCGAUGCUGUGACAUCGCGCGGGAACUAAACGAGCUUUACUUAGAAAAAGACCUCCUCAAAUAUCGGACCUUUGGCUAUGGUCAUUCAUUUGGCAUCCUCUGUCAUUAUUAUGGACGGGAGGCUGGAAUUGAGCUUCGUGAAGACGUAGACACCGUGAUCCAACCAAAUAUGGUCAUCUCAAUGGAGCCAAUGCUAACCAUCCCAGAAGGCCAACCGGGCGCGGGAGGAUACAGAGAGCAUGAUAUCUUAGUAGUGAAGGAAGACGGAAAUGAAAAUAUUACAAAGUUUCCAUUCGGUCCUCAACACAACGUUAUCAAGCACUAAAAUCACUUAAUAC